CCUCACGCCCGUCACGCUGUGCUUGAAAAUGGAGAAGGCGCAAAUUCCAAAGUCUCAAAUUCAAGUUCUCAUAGCGCGAAUCGAGUUUUCGAGCACAUCGCUUCUAUGGCGAUGGAAGUACCCGUGGUGAUCCAGGACAAUGAUCUGGGAUCAUCCCGGGAACAGUUGUUAAGCAUCCAGAUCCAAGAAAAGGCCACCGAGCACAACGCCCUAAGUGGCAAGAGACUCAAGCUCCAAUUAACGGACCCAUCGGACGCGUUCUUCUACUUCAUUUUGGUCUUGUCCGAGGAAGAUUUCCAGGGUUUGAAGCAGGCUCAAGAAUUGUUGGUGGAUUUUGCCGGAUUUCCAGCCAUGAUCAAUCAACUUCUUGCCAAAUGUCGGGCCAAGCAAUUCUCGUUGAUGUUACAAUUGGACGGUGAUAAACGCACUGGGGGGUUAAAGUUCCAGGAAAUUAGUCAAUAUCGAGCUCUUAGCCACUUGACGUUGAGGCUCAAUCGCGGGACCGAUGCCCAAAUCAAGGAUUAUCUGGCCGAUUGCAUUCGUCAAUUGCAAUCCGAAAGCUCCAACACCUCUCAAUCUCUGCAAAAUCAAGUCCACGGGUUAGAAGGCCAGGUUCAGACUCUGAAUGAGCGACUCAGAGUCAAAUCCGAGGAGUUUGAGCGCGUUAAACACGAGUUAUUGGAGAAGACUUCCCAUUCACAGGCUCAACUUUCCAGUCAAUUGGCGUUAGAGAAAGAGCGAGACACCCAAGCUGUCAGCGAUAUCCAAACGCGAUAUGAACAAGAUCGACGGAAGUUAGCCGAAGAACACGCCAAGAAUGCCCGGCACAUGGAGAACCGAAUUGCUGCUUUAGAGUACGAAAACAAAGAUCUGACGGAAAAGAAACACAAGAACGAAGCACUGAUUCAUCGUUUAAAUGAGCAAGUCCGAAAUAGUCUGGAGGAUAAUCAGAACCUCAAGCGUGAAUUAGAAACUAAGAAAUUUGAACAUAACAAGCUGGAUUCGGGCUUUCAUGACCGCGAACGAAUCCUGCACCAAUUGAGGACCAAAGUGUCGAUGCUGGAACAAGAACGGGAUAGACUUCAGAGUGAGAUCACGAAACAGAGUGGGGAUUUGAAUCGAAUCUCCGAGCAAAAGGUCCGAUGCGACCAAGAGUUGACCGAGAAACGGGAAAUUCCGCCCCCAACCUUCCAAGCAAUGUCCGACAAAAUCGGGCCACUUCUUUGCGCAACGCGGGAAUCCUGAAGAAAACUGGAACUGCCUCCCAUACUAAUCCUCCCGAUGAUGUGGUUCAUUUACCAUAGAUAUCUUGAAUAUAUAUUUUUUUCUUGCUAA